AGCCACCGUAGACUCUUACUGCGCAUGUGCGUGGUUUUCAAAUGAGUGGCGUGUGAAUUCAACAUUGCUAUUAUUUAAAGUUAAUAAGUUGUAUGUAUAAAAUAUCACUAUGUCUGUUCAACCUACAAACCCAAACAAUCCAAUCGUUUUCUUCGACAUCACCAUCGGCGGUCAGGAUGUUGGAAGAAUGAAGAUUGAACUGUUUGCUGAUGUGGUUCCAAAGACGGCCGAGAAUUUCCGGCAGUUCUGCACAGGAGAGUUUCGGAAGGACGGCGUUCCCAUCGGUUACAAAGGUUGCACAUUUCACAGAGUCAUCAAGGACUUCAUGAUACAAGGAGGAGACUUUGUCAAUGGGGAUGGAACCGGCGUCUGCAGUAUCUACAGAGGACCUUUUGCAGAUGAAAACUUCAAGCACAAGCACUCUGCUCCUGGUCUUCUUUCUAUGGCUAACAGUGGUCCUGGGACAAAUGGUUGCCAGUUCUUCCUAACCUGCACGAAAUGUGACUGGUUAGAUGGGAAACAUGUUGUUUUUGGAAAAGUGGUGGAUGGUUUGCUGAUCAUGAGAAAAAUUGAGAAUGUUCCCACAGGACCCAACAACAAGCCAAAACUCCCAAUCCUCAUCGCUCAAUGUGGAGAAAUGUAAUUUGUUUGAAGAAGUUCUGGUAAACGUCAUCUUAAACUCCAUGAUUUAGUUCUUGUAGCAUCCAAAGUGUAAACAUUUUCUAAAUUUUCUUCUCGGUCCUUAGACAAUAAUUGUUGGCUCCCACACUGUUAUCAUGAGGAACAAAUAAAAUUGUUUUUUUUACUAAAAA